CGCGAUUGGCUGGCGCCUCUAAGGAAGUCCUGCGGGGAAGUAGAGCUGGUGGCAAGGAGACUCCGGGGGUCGCGGCGGGAGCCUGGAAGUGUGUGAAUUUCUCUGACAUCCGGAUCGCGAGCGGACUCGGCUUGUCCCGCAGAGAGCUCCCGGGACAGGGCAGGAUUCUAGCGGUUUUGUUUUUGUUUUUAAGGGGAGGGGGUGUAAGGGAGGAGGAGAAUGGACAGAAUACUGACUGGAACGUUAAUUGGAGCAUUUCAGAUGUGAAGAGUAGAGUAGUUCCGUACUCUUCUUUCUUCAGUUGCUCCAUCAGUCUAACUUCAGUUUUGAAUUCUCAACUUUGAAACCGGCCAGAGUGUUUGGCAGAAUUUGACCGAAUUCAGGUGUGAGGGUUUGAGCCAGUAUAAGUGCCUUUUAAUUAGGGCACGCAAUUCAACCACUGUUUACGAUGGGAUUUCUGAAGACCUGUGUACUUAGAAGAAAUGCAUGCACUGCGGUUUGCUUCUGGAGAAGACAAGUUGUACAAAAGCCUUCAGUUAGAAAGAUUAGUACUACCUCUCCAAGGAGCACUGUCAUGCCCGCUUGGGUGAUAGAUAAAUAUGGGAGUAAUGAAGUGCUUCGAUUUACUCAGGACAUGAUGAUACCAAUGAUACACUAUCCAAAUGAAGUCAUUAUCAAAGUUCACGCUGCGAGUAUAAAUCCUAUAGAUGUUAAUAUGAGAAGUGGCUACGGAGCUACAGCUUUAAAUAUGAAACGUGAUCCUUUACAUAUUAAAAUCAAAGGAGAAGAAUUUCCCCUGACUCUGGGCCGGGAUGUGUCUGGUGUGGUGAUGGAGUGUGGACUUGAUGUGAGGUACUUCAAGCCUGGCGAUGAGGUCUGGGCUGCAGUUCCUCCCUGGAAGCAAGGCACUCUCUCAGAGUUUGUUGUAGUCAGUGGGAAUGAGGUCUCUCACAAGCCCAAAUCACUCACUCAUGCUCAAGCUGCCUCUCUGCCAUAUGUGGCCCUCACAGCCUGGUCUGCCAUAAACAAGAUUGGUGGCCUGAAUGAUAAGAAUUGCACAGGAAAACGUGUUUUAAUCUUGGGUGCUUCAGGCGGAGUUGGUACUUUUGCUAUACAGGUAAUGAAAGCGUGGGAUGCUCACGUGACAGCAGUCUGCUCUCAGGACGCCAGUGGACUUGUAAGGAAGCUCGGGGCAGAUGAUGUAAUUGAUUACAAAUCCGGGAAUAUGGAAGAGCAGUUGAAACAUUUAAAGCCGUUUGAUUUUAUUCUCGACAGUGUUGGUGGAUCCACCGAAACAUGGGCUCUAAAUUUUCUCAAGAAGUGGUCAGGAGCCACGUAUGUGACUUUGGUGACUCCUUUCCUCCUGAACAUGGACCGGUUGGGCAUAGCGGAUGGCAUGUUGCAGACAGGCGUCACCGUGGGCUCUAAGACAUUGAAGCAUUUCUGGAAAGGAGUCCAUUAUCGCUGGGCUUUUUUCAUGGCCAGUGGUCCAUAUCUAGAUGACAUUGCAGAACUGGUGGAUGCGGGAAAGAUUCAGCCAGUUAUUGAGAAAACCUUUCCGUUUUCUAAAGUUCCAGAAGCCUUCCUGAAGGUAGAAAGAGGACACGCACGAGGAAAGACCGUCGUCAGUGUCGUUUAAAUAAACACUCAGUUCGGUG